AUGAGAAAUUCUGACGAUUACGAUUAUCAAUACAAAAUAGUUAUAAUAGGGGAUUCAGGAGUUGGUAAAACCAAUAUCAUGACUUAAUUCACAAGAGGAGAAUUCUCAGAAGAAACUAAAACUACAGUUGGUGUAAUAAAUCAUGAUUUCUUAGGUGGAAUUUGCUAAUAAAUAACUUGUUAUAGAUGAUAAAAUCAUAAAAGCAUAAUUAUGGGAUACAGCUGGAUAGGUAAAUAGUUCUAUUAACUUCAGGAACGUUAUCGAGCCAUCAUCUCAUCCUAUUAUAAAGGAGCAUCAGGAGCAUUAAUUGUCUUUGAUAUUACUAAAUAAUCUACGUUUGAUAAUGUCGAUCGCUGGAUGAAGGUAAUUUCCUUUUAAUCAAAAUGUAGGAAGUUCAAGAAAGUACUUCAAAUGAAAUAUCAGUCAUUUUGGUUGGGAACAAAUCAGAUCUCAGACACUUAAGAUAAAUCUCUUCAGAUGUUUCAUCUGCCUAUGCUUCUAAACAUAAAAUUGCUUUUCUGGAAACUAGUGCUAAAGAUGGUGCAAAUGUUCAUGAGGCAUUUAACAAACUCAUUAAUGGUAAGAAUUUCAUUCUCAAUAUAGAAAUUCAUUCUAAAAAUAAAAAUAAUUCUAUCUAUACUCAAAAGAAAACUAAUUAAUCAAUUACAGAAGCAGUCCAAAUAGAUAAUUAAAAGGAUUCUGGUUGCUGUUGA